AUGGCCGACGUAGCCGUGGAGACUUCGGCGAACAACGUCACGCCUAUCAAGCCAGCUCCAUUCGACACCAUUCCCAACAUCGACUCCCUCGAAGGCACAGACGCUGAUGGAGGCGACGAGUAUGCUACUUUGAAAAGGCUUCAAAGGCAUCUAGAGUAUAUCCAGCUGCAAGAGGAAUACAUCAAAGAUGAGCAAAGGAGCUUGAAACGAGAGCUCGUUCGUGCGCAAGAAGAGAUCAAGCGGAUACAGAGUGUGCCCCUGGUGAUCGGACAAUUUAUGGAAGCUAUUGAUCAAAAUACGGGUAUUGUGCAGUCGUCAACCGGCUCGAACUAUGUCGUCCGUAUCCUUUCCACACUCGAUCGCGAGAAGCUCAAGCCAUCAUCCUCGGUCGCCCUGCACCGUCAUUCCAACGCCCUUGUCGAUAUUCUGCCCCCGGAAGCAGAUUCCUCCAUCGCUAUGCUCGGUGAAAGCGAGAAGCCAGAUGUUACAUACGCCGACGUGGGUGGCUUGGACAUGCAGAAACAAGAGAUCAGGGAGGCCGUCGAGCUACCGCUUACGCACUUUGACCUUUACAAACAGAUUGGUAUCGAUCCUCCUCGUGGUGUCCUGCUGUACGGCCCCCCGGGUACUGGCAAGACGAUGUUGGUCAAGGCGGUCGCAAACAGCACAACUGCCAGCUUUAUUCGUGUGAACGGCUCCGAGUUCGUCCAGAAAUACCUCGGAGAAGGUCCACGCAUGGUCCGUGAUGUGUUCAGAAUGGCCCGUGAGAACUCCCCUGCUAUCAUCUUCAUUGAUGAAAUCGAUGCCAUUGCUACCAAGCGUUUCGAUGCCCAAACCGGUGCCGAUCGUGAAGUGCAGCGUAUCCUGCUCGAACUUCUGAAUCAGAUGGAUGGCUUCGAGCAGACGAGCAAUGUAAAGGUGAUCAUGGCCACCAACCGAGCGGACACACUGGAUCCAGCCCUUCUCCGUCCAGGUCGUCUAGAUCGCAAGAUUGAGUUCCCGUCGCUGCGUGACCGACGGGAGCGUCGACUGAUCUUUACUACCAUCGCGUCCAAGAUGUCCUUGUCCCCAGAAGUCGAUCUGGACUCACUCAUUGUACGAAAUGAGCCCCUGUCCGGUGCGGUUAUUGCCGCCAUCAUGCAGGAGGCCGGAUUACGGGCGGUUCGCAAGAAUCGCUACAAUAUCAUUCAGUCUGACCUUGAAGAUGCCUAUGCUGCCCAGGUCAAGACUGGGCAGGAAGCGGACCGGCUCGAAUUCUACCGGUAG